AGAGCCCUCUAUUGGGAUGUCAUGCAGGAGAACUAUGAGAAAGUGACCUUGCUGGGGUUUCUAGUUUCCAAAUCUGAUGUGAUCUCCCAGCUGGAACAAGGGGAAGAGCCCUGGGUCCCAGACCUCCAGGGUUCAGAGGAAAGAGAGAUCCUGAGAGCUCCCUGCACAGAUGAGGAAACAUUAAACCAACUCAGAAUCUCAGCUGCAAAUUUUUCAAGCCUCCCUCCUCCUUCCCGAAGGCUAUCUCAGAUAAGGUGUUGGAAAAAGAGGACGCAAGACAAGAUGUUCGUGGAAAUCAUAGAAACCACCCGCAGUGAAAGAGCUCAUCUGAAUGAGUGGAAGGACAUGGUUUCAAAGUAUAGGAAAGAUGCCAGUGAACGUGAGGACAUGAGGGACCAACGUGAGGAGAGGAGAGACGCUCGAGAUGAGAGG